UUUGUCUCCUUUCAAGACUUUCACAUCAACUCACUCACUCACUUACACACAUAUCACAUUCUAUAAUCUUAUAUAAUUUGUUGUUUAAUUUCUUGCUUCAAUGGCAUCUAGAGAACUUUUUAUUAUAAAAUGGAUUAUGAAUUUAGUGGUAAUGGUUAUGGUUUUGGGUUUGUUUAGUGAGGUUGGAGCUGAACCUCAAGUACCUUGCUACUUCAUUUUUGGUGACUCUUUGGUAGAUAAUGGGAACAAUAACAACCUCAAUUCUUUGGCCAAAGCUAAUUACCUUCCUUAUGGGAUUGAUUUUGAUGGUGGUCCAACCGGAAGGUUCUCUAAUGGGAAAACUACUGUUGAUGUCAUUGCUGAGCUUUUGGGAUUCGAGGGCUACAUAUCUGCCUAUGCAACAGCCAGAGACCAAGAAAUACUCCAAGGAGUCAAUUAUGCUUCUGCUGCUGCUGGAAUCAGAGAAGAAACUGGACAACAACUAGGAGAUCGUAUUAGUUUUAGUGGGCAGGUACAAAAUUACCAAAAGACAGUAUCUCAAGUGAUAAAUUUGCUUGGAGAUGAGAACACAGCUGCAAAUUAUCUUAGCAAGUGUAUUUAUUCCAUUGGAUUAGGUAGCAAUGAUUACCUUAAUAAUUAUUUCAUGCCUGCAUAUCCUAGUAGUAGACAAUAUACACCACAACAGUUUGCUGAUGUUCUAAUUGAAGCAUAUGCUCAACAACUCAGGAUCCUGUAUAACUAUGGAGCAAGGAAAAUGGCUUUAUUUGGGGUUGGUCAAAUAGGUUGCAGCCCAAAUGAAUUGGCCCAAAAUAGCCCAGAUGGUAGCACUUGUGUUGAAAGAAUAAAUUCUGCAAACCAAUUAUUCAACAAUGGAUUGAAAUCUCUUGUUGAUCAACUCAACAACCAGUUUCCUGAUGCAAGAUUCAUCUAUAUAAAUUCUUAUGGUAUCUUUCAAGAUAUCAUAAGCAAUCCAUCAUCAUUUGGUUUAACAGACAUAAAUACUGGAUGUUGUGGAGUAGGAAGAAACAAUGGUCAAAUUACAUGUUUACCCCUUCAAACCCCAUGUAGUAAUAGGAAUGAGCACCUAUUUUGGGAUGCAUUUCAUCCAACCGAGGUUGGCAACACUGUAAUUGGGAAGAGAGCUUACAAUGCUCAAUCUGAAUCAGAUACUUAUCCUAUUGAUAUUAAUCGCUUAGCUCAAAUAUGAUGAAAGUUUAUAGAAGUGGUAAUAAGUUUGUUGUGGCAUUUUACUAGUGUUGUAAUAUGUGGGUUAUUUAUGCCAAAGGUGUAUAAGAGUAUAAGUGUAAUUUGUCAUAAAUUUUGUUUUGAUUUUUAUGUUGAUGAUAUAGUGAUACUUAUAUAUUGGCGGAUAAAAUUUUCAUCCAUAUUGAAUAAAAUUACAAGAAAUUAUUUGGUAUUGA